AUGGAGGAAGAGCAGAAGAGGCCGCAGGGGAAGGAGGGCGGAAGCGCGACGGUGGCGGAGGAUGCGGUGCGCAAGGUGGUGGUCAAGCGGCAGUGCUCGCAGCUCGAGGUGGAGCUCCUGCAGCUGCAGCAUCAGCGCGAGAAGGAAGACAACGUACUCGCCGUGGCACAGGCCAAGAAGAAGAAGCGUGGCGGUGGGGGCAAGAAGAGGGGCGGCGGAGGCGAUGAGAAAAAGGAGAAGCGGGAGCAGGAGGCCCUGCAGCGAGUCCGCGCCGACCUCGACGCCUUCGUUGCCGACACCACCCGCAUGCAACACGAUUUUUCGCCUUCGCUGUCGUCGUCCGAGAGGGCUCUGCUGCACGAAUGGGCGGAAGAGCUCGGGCUCGAGCAUUCGAGCUCGGGCUUCGGCCGGAACCGCCACAUCAUGGUCAAGAAACGCUUCGCGCCCGACACGCACAUCAACGGGCAGGGCGAGAUCGAGGAGCUACUCUACUACAACGGAUAUGUGGGGCUGAGUGGUCCGCUUGUGAAUGCUGCUGGCCGGCACAUGGCCGCCGGACCGGCAUCGCCCGAGGGCGUGAACACGGCGCUGGUCGUGCCGGUGGAGUACCUCAACAAUCGUGUGCGACGAGACGGGUAC